UUGGGAACCAUGGUUUAAGGGGACUUCUAAGUCAAUUGGCAAAAUAAUUCUAUUAUGAAAACAUUCUGCAUCCCACUUUGAAAUGUGGUGUCUGGGGUCUUAAAAGCUAACAAGCAGCCAUCUAAGAUGCAUCAACUGGUCUCAACCCACCUGGAGCAAAGGAGAAUGAAGAACACCAAGGUCACAUGACAACUAAGAGCCCAAGAGACAGAGAGGGCCACAUGAACCAGAGACCUACAUUAUCCUGAGAACAGAACUAGUUGGUGCCCGGCCACAAUCGAUGACUGCCCUGACAGGGAGCACAGUAGAGAACCCCUGAGGGAGCAGAUCAGUGGGAUGCAGACCCCAAAUUCUCAUAAAAAGACCAUACUUAAUGGUCUGGAUGUGACUAGAGGAAUCCCGGCAGUCAUGGUCCCCAAACCUUCUGUUGGCACAGGACGGGAACCAUCCCCGAAGACAAUUCAUCAGACAUGAAAGGGACUGGACAGUGGGUGGGAGACAGAUGCUGAUGAAGAGUGAGCUAAUAAUAUCAGGUGGACACUUGAGACUGUGUUGGCAUCUCCUGUCUGGAGGGGGGAUGGGAGGAUAGAGAUAGUUGGAGGCUGCCAAAGUUUUCACGAAAGGAGAGACUGGAAGGGCUGACUCAUUAGGGGGAGAGCAAGUGGGAGUAAGGAGUAAGAUGUAUAUUAACUUAUAUGUGACAGACUGACUUGAUUUGUAAACGUUCACUUGAAGCUCAAUAAAAGUUAAUAAAAAAAAAAUUUUUUUUGUUUGAGGUCCAGUAGAGGCAUAUGUAUCAGUUAGCUACUGCUGUAUAACAAGCCAUCCUAAAACAGUGGCUUAAAACAAUAAGCAUUUAUUUUUGCUUCCAAGUCUCUGAAUCAGUGUGGUGUUUCUUCUGGUCUUGGCUGGGCUCACUCGUGUCUACAGUCAGGUGUAGGCUGUGUGACUCUCCUGAUCUUCACUGGGGGCAGACUACUUACUGGCUAGUCUAGGAUGGCCUCAGCUGGGAUCACUGCCUCUCUUGUACAUGUCUCUCACAUGCAUGUCUCUCAUUUCCUUCCAGCAGGCCAGCCAUGUUGUCAUGCCACUGGCAAGGAACAAGAGGGCAAGCCCCCUUUUAAUCUUCUGUUCACUUCCUGUUUGCCAGCAUCCCAUUGACCAAAGCAAGUCACAUGGCUAGGCCCAGCAUCAGAGUGGGAUGGAACUACAAAUAGGACAGAGGGCUGCAUACAGCGGGAGACCACGAAUAGGGAUCAUUCAUGAAUGCAAUCAAUCUAACAUAGGAUACGGUGAUCAUUUUUAUCUGGAAAAGAAAGGCUUCACAGAAGAGGGUACACUAGAGCUAAGUAUUGAAACAUGAGAGUAUUCACUAAGUGGGCAGCUGUUACUUGGAACUGGACGCAGGCCAGUUUACCACAAUCAGUAGAAACCCAGCAGGUCUUUCUGCGCUUAAGACAGACAAGGUUUUAUUAUUUUUAUCUUGGCUUCAUUCCCUCUGGUCGAGCACAGGACAGCAGGCAUUCAACAAAUGUUUAUAGAAUUGAAUUGAGUAUCUUAGUGUGAAUGAGGUGUGGAUUGAAACAGCUGAACCUUGGAGCCAAUUGUUUGAAAGAACAGCUUAACAUCAACUCGCCCAAAACAGAAAUCCUUGUAUCUGGCAGUUUCUCAUUCAUUCGUCCCACAAACAUUUUGAGUGCCUGUUGUAAGCCAAGUUCUGUGCUGAAUGAUAGAGGACACGAUACGCAGCCUGGGCUACUGCUUAAAUGGACAAGACUAAUAACACUUUCCAACCAGCAUGUUAAUCCAGCUACUUGGGGCUCCAUUCUUAAUGCUAACUCGUCCAAAAAAAUGCAUCAGGAGCUGGUGCUGUACAAAAUCAGAAGUUCUCAGGAACAGUACUGAGGCUCUCUGAUGGUCAAGGGCGCUAAGUGGUAAAAAUCUGCCUUCAAAUAUUUAAAGCUGAAAUCUAUGUCCAGUGGCACAGAAUCUGGGAUCCUAAUCCAGGAUUUACCCAAAACCUAGGGCAGAAAGUCCUCACUUAGAAAAGUAUCCAGUCCUGCUCAAAGGCAUCAAGCCUGUUGUAGGUGUGAAAGUGGGCUUCUGUUUGGGUGGGAACACAAGCCAAGGGUCCUUUGUACAAAAGAAUGUGUUCAUUGUUGUCUGCCUGUUGAUUCGACAUCUAAAAGAUUCAGGUCUCCCUAGUCCACAACCCAUGCCCACUUUGCAGAGAAUUCAUCUGUGAAGUGACACAAACUCGCAUUUGCCUAAAGCUCAGUUAAAACUUUGAGAGGAAGAUAGUCAUUUUCUAUCCUUCCAAACUUGUUAAAACUCUGCCCUUGCAUAAAUCACCAAAAAUGGAGUGAACUGUAUUAAGCUAAAACUAAAUUACAGGUUAUUAGCUCCUUGGUUUUUUUAACAGAAAUUUCAUUUUAAGAACUUUUGCCAAUUUCUCUGUCUCUGCAAACAGACUAUCUGCUUCUAUGAAUCAAAUAAGAACUGCAUAUUCCAAGGUUUCCCUUUUUACUUUGGCUGCCAGGAAUUUCAGAGUUAAAUAUAGGCUUAGUUUCCUAAAUUCCGUGGUACAUCUCUCUCCUUUAAUCUGGCUUCCAAUCUCUCUCUUCCAUUUUAAAUUUUCUACAUCUGCACUGUCCAAUACAUGUGGCUAUUGAGCAUUUGACCUACAGGUAGUCCAAACUGAGAAGUGCUGUCAACAGUAGUUUCUAAUAUUGGUUGCAUGUUGAAGUAAUAUUUUGGGUUAAAUAUACUACUAAAACUUUGUGUCACAAAACCCCAUGGUAAAGUUUGGUUUCAGCUCUCUUCUCCCCAGGUGAGUAGUGUUCUCAUGGCUCUCCCUAGUCUCCAGCCAAGUCUGUUCUAGGUGUUACUUAAGCUAACAAGUUGGAAAGGGUCUGAUAAGACAAUUUGCACCACAUUGUAAAUGACUGAUAACAUCGUGUCCACCCCUUUUCAUAGGGGUAUUCCAACAGGGUACAAUCCCUGAGCCCGAAGGAAUGAAUCCCUAAUGGUGGAAUUUCAGGCCUCAGUGACAGGUGAGUGAGAUAUUGGUUUUAUGUGUAUGUGUGCUUAUAUAUGUGUUACUAUAUUCAGGAUGUGGCUUAAAGUAGGGUCUUUGAAUGAAAAGUAAUGGGGUAGACAGACAGAGCUGGAUCAGACUGCAAAAGGCUGUCAUCCAGUGUAGGCCUUUAGGGGUUUGUUAAGCAAUAGAAGAGCCUGGUUGAUGUCACCUAGUUGAUGUCACCAGUUAGGUAACAAGACAGUCUCCCUGGUAACUAUAGUGAAGUAGAAGAAAGGGCCUCAGAGUGAGAAUCAGAAGACCAUGUUUGCAGUCCACAGCUGACUCACUGGCUUAACUUUGGGCAAGUCUCUUCACCCCUUGGGUUAUCAGUUUCUUCAUCUGGGAAAUGGAAAUGGGCAUUCUAUCAAAUGAGGUUUAAGAGAUGUGAAAGUGCUCUGAGAAAUAGGCCAUUCUCUACAAAUGCAAGGAACAAGGAUUAGUAUCUUAAAAUGGAAAUGUCAUGAGCAGGCCUGGAGUAGAGGGUAAAAAGCAGACGCCAAGGGCAAUGGGGAGGCCUGAGAGCCUAUGUCCCUUAUACCUGGAACACCAGUCCUUCUCUCCUGGCAGGCUGCAUCUGGACUCCCAGGGCCCAUGCUUGCACACGACAUAUGAUGGCAUGAGAUAUGAACAAACGGGACUACAUGAAGACUUCGGUGCAGGAGCCCCCCCUUGACUACUCCUUCAAAAGCAUCCACGUCAUCCAAGACCUGGUAAGUGAGGAGCCAAGGACAGGGCUCCGACCACUGAGGCACUCUAAGUUGGGCAAGUCACUGACCCAGUCCCUGUGGCUGAACAACAACGUCCUCAAUGACCUGAAAGACUUCAGCCAGGUGGUCUCACAGCUGCUGGAGCAUCCAGAGAACCUGGCCUGGAUUGACUUGUCCUUCAAUGACCUGACUUCCAUUGACCCUGUCCUGACUACUUUCUUCAACCUGAGUGUCCUCUAUCUCCAUGGCAAUAGCAUCCAACGCCUUGGGGAGGUAGAUAAACUGGCUGUCCUCCCUCGACUCCGAAGCCUGACACUCCAUGGAAAUCCCAUGGAGGAAGAGAAGGGGUAUAGGCAAUACGUGCUGUGCACCCUGCCCCGUAUCACCACAUUCGACUUCAGUGGGGUGACCAAAGCAGACCGCAGCACAGCUGAAGUCUGGAAACGCAUGAACAUCAAGCCCAAGAAAGUCCGGGUCAAGCAGAAUGUUCUCUGAGUUCCCAGGACCCUAGCAGUCCUAAAAGCCUGAAGAUGGUCAGCUUGGUUUGAUAGUAAACAAUUUGAGCUGUUCAGCAGAUUAAAAGUUAUUUGUACCUUGUACAGAUGCUCUCCUACUCAAGCAAAUUCCAGGAGUUCUGGUCUUACUUCACUGAAACAAGGACGCAGAAGACCUGUGUUUGCGGCAUGGCCUUGGGAAAGUUAGCUAGCCUCUCUGGGCCUCUUUUUACUCCUCAACUCAGAUAUGCUGGGGUUAGAGCUAUCAGUAAUUUCCCAACUCUUCACAGAGUAGCAAGGUUCUGCAGAGCCGCCUGAGGCCUCCAUGACAGGAGACCAAGGAGAUGGGUUGUAGUCUCUGAACCCUCCUUAGUCACAUCAGAGUAGGUCCAGUGCUGUGUUUCUUAUUUUGGGAUUCUGCUUAAGACUUCAUUUGAUAAAAAGAUUCUUCUGCUUAAAACGUUUGUUUGCUGACUCCAGCUCAGGUGCUCCCAAGAGAACUGAUCUGACCCCCAUGCCUGCCCACUGCUCCCCGGCUGCUAGGAAUUCCACUGAGCCUAAGGCAGACCCCCCCAACAGUGACAGCUUCCCCACACUCCAGUCUGUUCAGCUUUGACACAGUCCCAUCACUAGGGAAAGGACAAGCAUCA